ACUGAAAUUUGAGACGCUCAGACGAUUGCCCACACCCACUGAAGUGGGCGACCCAUAAAUCCCCAAAGAUCACAGUUAUGUACCGUCCCAAAUUUCUGCUUUCUGCUUCUAGUUUAAUACGCUGCCCUUCGGUUUAAACUAGAAGAACCGUCAGCUCAAUUUUCUCCUGCAGCUGAAGACACACUGCUUGGCACCAUGGCAGCGAUGGGAACCCGUGGAGUUGUGAAAGAAGCUGCUGGAUUUAAAGCAGAGGAGGACGUCGAAAAACUGAGGGGGGCCAUGAAAGGAGCGGGCACGAACGAGGCGGCUAUAAUCGAGAUCCUGGCGCACCGCACCAUUGCCCAGAGACAGCUGAUCCAGCAGGCCUAUAAGCAGUCUGUGGGGAAGGACCUGGCUGAUGAUUUGCGGUCUGAGCUGACGGGUAAUUUUGAGACGGUGGUGCUGGGAUUGCUGAUGCUGGCCCCCAAGUAUGAUGCCUACGAGCUGAGGAAUGCAAUCAAGGGAGCUGGGACUGAGGAGGCUUGCCUCAUCGACAUCCUGGCCUCCAGAACCAAUGCAGAGGUCAAAGCCCUCACUGCUUGUUAUAACAAAGACCAUGAGAGGAACCUGGAGGACGACAUCUGCAGCGACACUUCCGGAAUGUUCCAGAGGGUUCUGGUGUCUCUGCUCACGGCAGGGCGGGAUGAAAGCGGGAAAGUGGAUGAGGCCAUGGCUGUGCAGGAUGCCAAGGAUCUGUACGAGGCUGGCGAGGCCCGCUGGGGGACCGACGAGGUCAAGUUCCUCACCGUGCUGUGCGUGAGGAACCGGGAACACCUGCUGCGAGUGUUCCAGGAAUAUCAGAAGCUGUCGGGGCGGGACAUUGAAGAGAGCAUUAAGAGGGAGAUGUCUGGCUGCCUGGAGGAUGCCUUCCUGGCCAUAGUGAAGUGCAUUAGAAAUAAGCCUGCUUUCUUUGCUGAGAGGCUGUAUAAGUCCAUGAAGGGCCUGGGGACCACAGACAGCGUGCUGAUCAGGAUCAUGGUGGCUCGGGCUGAGAUUGACAUGCUCGACAUCAAAGCCGAGUUCCUCAAGAUGUACGGCAAGACGCUCCACUCUUUCAUCAAGGGCGACACCUCCGGCGACUACCGCAAAAUCCUGCUGGAGCUCUGUGGCGGGGAGAAGUAGAGAGCCCACGAUGGCGCUGAGCUCUGACAUCAUCAGUGUAUGCCAGCAUCACAGCUCCCCGUACCGCAUAUGUUUGUAGUCUAUGUUUGUACCAAGAGAUUUGACGGUGCUUUUUUCACUGUUUGUAAUGCUGAUUUAAAUCUGAAAGAAAAUGUUUUGUUCUAA